GCGUUUCUCGUAUUAGCUUUAGCUAGCUUUUCAAGUGUAAAAAGACUCUUUCGAUCUUCGUAUUCUUUUCAGGUGGUAGUGCUGCUGAUAAACAAGUGCAUGAGCUGUAUUGAAAGAAGGCUCCUUCGCCGAUCUCUAAACAGGGUGGUGACCUUGCUUCGACUGGGUCUCUGCGCUGUCGGUCUCCCCCCAUCCCUCUCUCCGGUCUCCAUCCAUUCUCUCGCCUGUUGCGUGUUGUUCUUGAACGACGAGGAGGCCAUGCCUGGGUGGGAGCUGGAAGAGCAGGAGGAGCGGAGAAUGCUCCCCCAAUACUAGCUCCCUCUCCUCAGCUCAGGGGGAGGAGGUCGGCAGAGGAGGAGAAGGCAAGAAGCUCAGUUUCUUGGAGGGGGAGGUCUUGGAUGCAGAGAAGCCAAGCGCAAGCCAGGAAGGCGUCCCUCGCUGAGUCUGUAUUAGCAGCGGUCUCCGAACUCAUGUCGUCGGCGGCAGCCAUCGAUGUUGAGCAGGAGAACUUCAUGGAUGUGGGCAGCCAGAUCCACCAUGCACCCCCUGCCACAAUGGAGCUGCAAAAGGCGCAGUAUUCCCCCACCAACACGAUACAUGCAAUGGAAUAUCUAGCUGCAAACGUUGACCUCGCCAAGGACCUUGUCGUGAGAUGCAGUGUGGCCGCACAGCAGCUCAAGGACAACGACCUCCUGAGCAUAACUGAGGACUUGGACAAUGUUAUAAAGAAUAUAAGCAAUGAGCUCAGCAGGUUACCGACAUCGGCAUUUGUGAGCAGGAGGUUUGCAGAACCAGCAGCCAGUGGACACCUUCAGGUUGUCAGGAACCGGCAAGAUUUGUAUGACCAGCAUUCCUGUGAUGGCUACUCGGAGCCAGAGAUAUCCAUGGUUGUGGCAAAUGAUAAGCCUAGGAGAAGAACACUGCACAACAGCGACAUGCCGAGGCUGGUGGACUUCCUGCAGGGAAUGUACCAGGAGUCGCAUGAGUCCGGCGGUCAGUCGUUCAAUUCGCUCCCUGAAGUCGCAGAAUAUGUCGAGCCGUUGUACGAUUCUUUCUUUUGUCCACUGACAAACAAGGUCAUGGUUGAUCCAGUGACGACGGAGAGUGGUGUGACUUAUGACAGGAGAGCCAUUGAGGAAUACUUUGAAAAGUUUACAGAUGGAUCUGAACUUGUGAUAUGUCCUGUUACAAAGAUGGCAAUGCAAAGCAAGACACUGAGGAGCAAUGCUCCACUGAAGAGCACAAUUGCAGAAUGGAUUACGAGGAAUGAAGCAAUACGUGUCAGAAUCGCACGUACUGCACUCUCUAUGGCAACCACAGAGGCAUUGGUGCUUGAGGCCAUACAUGAGCUGACGGUGCUGGCCAGGCUGAGGAGAAAGAACAGGGAUCAGAUGCACAAGAUUGGCAUCACCAAGUUCCUAGCACGACUUCUGGACCACAAGGAUGCGCUGAUACGCUGCGACUCCCUGGACCUCCUCUGCCUGUUGGUUGAGGAUGAUGCAGGAAUGGAAAUCAUAGCAAAAACCAGAGCCAUUUCAAGGACAAUAAAGUUACUUUCUAGCAAUAAUCCUGAUGAAAGGCAUGCAGCUAUAUCCUUCUUGGUAGAGCUUUCGAAAUCAGAGUUACUGUUGGAGAACAUUGGAUCAACUUCUGGAAGCAUACUGAUUCUCACCACGAUGAAGUUCAAUGGCUCUGAUGAUCCUGUUGCUGCUGAGAAGGCUGGAGAGGUCCUCAAGAACCUGGAGAAAUGCCCAAAGAAUAUGAAGUACAUGGCAGAAAGUGGCUACCUGGAUCCUCUGCAGAGGCACCUAGUUGAAGGGUCAGAAGAUGUGCAAAUGGAGAUGGUGAACUACCUCGGUGAGCUGGUCCAGAAGCAGGAGAUGAUCAUCAACAUUGCGGGGAGCGCGUCGGAGAUCCUCGUCAAGAUGGUGCGCAGCGGCAACACGGCGAUCCGCAAGGCAGCGCUCGAUGUCCUGGUCCAGAUCUCCUCCCACCACCCAAACAGCAGGACACUUGUGGACGCGGGUGCCAUCCCGGUCAUGGUCGAGGAGCUCUUCAUCCGAAAGAUUGACGACGAGCCCAUGGGCUCCAAGAUGGAGGCUGCUGCCGUGCUCGCCAACAUCGUCGAGUCAGGCCUCGACCCUGAGGCCAUCGUCGUCAACAAGGAAGGCCACGUCAUCACGUCCAAGUACUCGGUGUACAACUUUGCGCACAUGCUCAAGUGCUCCAUGCCCGACACCCUCAACCUGAGCAUUGUCCGUGUGCUGCUCACGCUCACCGCGCUCCCCAAGCCACUCGCCACACUGGUCUCAGUCAUGAAGGAGCAGAACAGCAGCCAGACUGUGAUCGAGCUCAUGAACUCGCUGACGGAGGCGCUCGGCAUUGCUGCGACGAGGCUCCUCAUCGCGUUGUCUCCGCAGAUGGGGCACACCAUUGCCGAGGAGCUCUGCAAGGCUCCAGGGCAGCCGGGGAAGCUUGUCAAGAGCAUCGGUCAGCCUGGACGGAUCACUGAGCUGCACGCCGUGGCGGCGAUGCUCCUAGCAAGGCUGCCAUACCAGCACAUAGCUCUCAACCUUGCGUUGCUGAACCGGGGCGCCGUGCCGAUCGUGCUGGCCAAGAUAGAGGAGAUGCAGCGUGGCGAGAUGCGGGCAAGCCGCCAUGCGAAGGCGUACAUGGAGGGCCUCGUGGGCACGCUCGUCCGGCUAACGACGACGCUGCAUGAUCGGGACGUGCUCUUGGCAGCCAUGGAUCACAACUUCACGUCGGUGCUCACCGAUCUCCUCGUGCGGUCGGCGGGCAGCGACGAGAUGCAGCGGCUUGCGUCCGUCGGCCUUGGGAACCUCAGCAACCUGUCCCCCAACCUCUCACAGCCACCGACCGAGGAGCGACGCUCGAAGAGGAAGAACAUCCUCCAGCGCCUGCGCGAGGCGCACUCCAGUCGGGUGCACGACAACCGGAAGCCGCCGGCGCACAGCCGGGUCUGCCCGGUGCACCGUGGCGUGUGCUCCCCGGCCACCACGUUCUGCCUGGUCGAGGCCGGCGCGGUCGAGGGCCUCUUGGGCGCCCUCGAGAGCAACGAGAACGGGCGCGUGGUGGAGGCCGCACUCGGCGCGCUCUGCACGCUCCUGGACGACGCGGUCGACGUGACGAGUGGCGUGGCCGUGCUCGCGGAGCAUGACGCUGCGCGGCACGUGCUGCGUGCGCUGCGGCAGCACCGCGACGGCGGGGUGGUGGCGCGGAGGUGCUUCUGGGCGGUUGAGAGGUUCCUCGCACACGGCGGCGAGCGGUGUGUCAGGGAGGUGACCAGCGAUCGGGCGCUGCCGAGCUUGCUGGUGAGCGCCUUCCACAAGGGUGACACCUCCACCAAGCAAGUCGCCGAGAGCGUCCUCCGGUGCCUGCACCGCAUGCCUGACUACUCCGCCACGUACGAAUCCGUGGAGCUGUAGGCAGCACGCGAUGAAUGCCGCCGUGCAGCUUGUGCAUCUCUUCUUGUCUUUCUUUCUUUCUUUUUUGAGCUUUUCUUCUUGCCUUUCUUCGUUGUGUGUAACAUGGGUUGGUGCAUUGUUUGGUUUAGCUAAAGUACAAAGGCAAAGAGAGAAAAAGAGAAAACUGGAGAUACGUUAUGUAAGUAUAACGAAAGGUAAUAGCAGGGAAAUACAAUUAUCUGAUUGUUGUUUGUGUUCUUA